AUGGACUCCAACUCUCCCAUCUUGCCUUUAUCAAACAACAAUUCAGGAAACAGGACAUACUCCCGGCUUCCUCCAAGUAGCCAUGCUCGUCAUGUAUCUUCCUCAGGAACCAAUACCGCAUUUACAACUCCAAAGCCACCUAUGGCAAAAAAUUACAGUUAUCGAAGAGCUUCUCCCAAUGGGAGUUUUAUUAGUCCACUGGAAGCUGUCAGUGUAAAACUUGCGAAUACGUAUGCUAUUUGUAAUCCAAAAUUUCAGUUUUCAACGGAACAAAAUCCUCGGAGACCUCUUACGAAGCCAAGUGAAGGUGUCCACAAUCAUGGUUAUGAUAAUGCUAACCACGAUUACAUACUAUAUGUCAACGAUUUGCUUGGUACAGAUGAAGGCCGAAAGUACUUAAUUCUCGAUACUUUAGGCCAUGGUACAUUUGGACAAGUCGCAAAAUGUCAAGACUUAAAAACACAAAGGAUUGUAGCUAUCAAAGUAAUCAAAAAUAAACCAGCAUUCUAUAACCAAUGCGUCAUGGAAGUUUCUAUAUUAGAAUUUCUCAACAAUCGCUAUGAUCCUGAUGAUAAGCGUCAUUUGAUUCGCUUAUACGAUCAAUUUAUGCACAAAAAUCAUUUAUGUUUGGUUUUUGAGCUGUUGAGCAUCAAUCUCUACGAACUGAUUAAGCAAAAUCAAUUUCGCGGUCUACACCUUAGUCUUGUCCGUUCAUUUGCUAUUCAGUUGCUUUCGUGCGCUUCUCUACUAAAACAGGCACGUAUAAUUCAUUGUGAUAUGAAACCAGAAAAUAUCCUUUUACAAGACUUGUCGUCUCCAAAUGUCAAAGUAAUCGACUUUGGCAGUGCCUGUCAUGAACGACAGACCGUGUAUACAUAUAUUCAAUCUCGUUUUUACCGAAGUCCAGAAGUCGUUUUAGGUCUUCAUUACAAUUGUGGCAUUGACAUGUGGUCAAUUGGCUGCAUUCUUGCCGAGUUGUUUUUAGGCCUCCCUUUGUUUCCUGGAAAUUCCGAGUAUAACCAAAUUAGUCGUAUCGUAGACAUGUUGGGUAAUCCUCCAGCCUGGAUGAUUGAAAUGGGGAAGAAUGCAAAAAAGUAUUUCAAUAUUUCGUUCGUUAACGGACGAAAGAUAUACGAGCUCAAAUCGAUUGAGCAGUUUUCUAUUGAAAACAACAAGGUGGAGCAACCAGGAAAACAGUAUUUCGGUGAAAAAGCAUUAGAUGCUAUUAUAAUGAAUUAUCCACGUCGCAAAACCACACCCAAGCAUACUCCCGAAGAGCAUGAGGAACGACUAUGCUUCAUUGAUUUUGUUAAACAGUUUUUAGAGCUUAAUCCUUUGAAGCGUUGGAGUCCUGAUCAAGCGAAAUUACAUCCUUUCAUAACUGGUGCUUCGUUUACUCAAUACUACAUGAACAAGCAGAAGCCGCCAUUUGUUACACCUCGCACAAGAAACCGUUCUCACACAAUUGGAAACCAAGCCAUGGUUCCUCCUUCGCUACAGCGUGCCAGUACUUAUGUUACGAAUGAACCCGAAGAGUUUGUACAAACAAGACCGUUGCCACAAUAUUAUCCACCUGCUGAUGCCUAUACCAGUAAUGACAACGAAGAGACAGAUGAAUUUUUUUAA